CUAACCAAACGUUUACGUUGGAAGUCCAACCGGAAGAUCCGUGCUUUGUUUCCUGCGCAGGAUCAGUGAGCAGCUAGCAGGAGAGCUAACCUGAUCGCGGAUCGAUCAGAACAGUUCUGUGUCAGAAUGUCCCGUUUCGGGCGUUACGGAGGAGAAUCAAAGGUGUACGUGGGGAACCUGGGGACAGGGGCAGGAAAAGCUGAACUGGAGCGAGCCUUUGGGUACUAUGGGCCCCUCAGAACAGUCUGGAUCGCCAGGAACCCUCCAGGCUUCGCCUUCGUGGAGUUCGAGGAUUCCAGAGAUGCUGAGGACGCGGUCCGAGGGCUGGAUGGGAAGGUGAUCUGCGGCAGCCGAGUCCGAGUCGAACCGUCCAACGGGAUGCCCCGGCGCUCUCGAUACGAGAGGCCGCCCCCACGCCGACCCUUUGAUCCUGACGACAAGUGUUAUGAGUGCGGACAGAAAGGUCACUACGCCUACGACUGCCACCGCUACGGCCGCCGUGGCAACAGGAGCAGGUCCCGGUCCCGUGGGAGGCGGUACUCCCGCAGCAGGAGUCGCAGCCGGAGCCGAGGGAGAAGAUCCAGGUCUUCUCCUCGUCGAUCCAGGUCCAGCUCUCCCAGAAGAUCCAGGUCUGGCUCACCCAGAAGGUUCCGGUCUGGCUCUCCUGGAAGGUCUAGAUCCAGGUCCCGGUCUGUCUCUAAGUGCCGCAGCAGAUCAGGGUCGAUGGGUCGUUCUCAUUCCGGAUCCCAGGUCAGAAGUCGCUCGGCCUCCAGGACUCCUGCUGACAACAACUGACUUCCUGUUUGUUCUCUGAUGUUUUGUAUGAACUCACUCUGUUGUGUAGCAGCUUUGUGAUUAUUAAUUAGUGAUUAUUGGUUUCUGAUCAGCCUGUGUUGGUUUGUCAGCAGUUUACUUUCUGCAAUGAUCUGUUAAUAAAGGUUUAUCAUUCAAA